AUGUCUGGUGAACCUGAGUUAAUUCAGGAUGGUGCUUUUGCGUUUCUUCACGUGGCAAAGCUGGCAGCUGUUUCUUCUGGUCUGCCAUUUGCAUGUAUUACUGUAUAUGCGGCAACAGAACAGGAAUCAAAAGGUCAGCUGGUGAAGCCAAAUCAGCUUCCAAUUUACUGUCCACCGCCUCUGAGAUUGAAAUACAUUGAAGAACAGCCUGGUUACUUGCAGAGGCAAUUUUCUUCAGUAAGACAGACAACAGGCCGCUAUAUUGGGUGGUUCAAGGAUGCUUUUGUCUUUGUUAAAAAUGGAAUAGUGGAUUCAAUUCAGUUUGGAAAAGAUGCUUAUGUUUACCUGAAGAAUCCACCACCAGAAUUUCUUCCCAAAGUUGGUGUAAUUACAGUAUCAGGCCUAGCUGGCAUAGUGCUGGCAAGAAAAGAUUCUAGAUUUAAGAAAAUUGCUUAUCCCUUGGGACUUACUGCUUUAGGAGUUUCUGUUUGUUACCCAGCUCAGUCAGUGGUGAUUGCCAAGGUAACAGGGAGAAAGUUAUUUUCUGCAAGCCGUCAAACCUAUGAAGCUGUGCGAUCACUAUGGGCAAAAAAGGAAGAUGUCACUAAGGUGCAGCAAGAGUCAAAAUCAGUUACAGAAGAAGAUAAGAAAAAGAAACAAAUUUCGAGUACAAAACCUGAGUCUGCUAUUGAGUCAAGAUCAUUUAACAGAACAGAAUCUUCUCCAGUAGAGUCUUGGAGUAAUAAAGACCCAGUGCCUUCAUCAGGAACAGUGAAGACACCAAAAUUUAAGCCUGAUCCAAAACUUGUGGACCAUGGUCAGUCCAGCCCGGAAGAUGUGGAUAUGUACAGUACCAGAAGCUAAGACAAAUCUGCUUACAAAUCUUUGCAAAGUUUCACAAAUAAGGGGGAGGGAAGAAGGGAAGGAGUAACUCUUACAAUGCAUACUCUGUGAGGUAUAAUUACAUCAGGUAUUUUCUUAUAUCCCAGUUUGUAUUAUUGACUUAGGUGAUUCUGUCUAGUGACUGUUUUGUUUCUCACUACUUACAAGCAGUGAGAAUUCACUCAUUGUCAUUAGCGAGACACUGAGAAAAUGAGAUUUGUCAGUGUCUUCUCACAAUGAGGUUUCUCUGUGCCGAGCUUGUUAAUAAAUGUCACUUCAC